UGAAUCAAUUUUAUCCAGUUCAACAGUAAGGAUGAAGCUGUCAUCACUUCUCUUCCUCUUGGCUCCACUGCUGAUCAGCUGUGCAGUGAUCAAACUGCCAGCUGACUGUAAUGACGUCUACAAUGAGGACAAGACACGACCCAGUGAAGUGUACACCAUCUAUCCAAGUGGAACUACAUCUGCUAUUCAGGCUUACUGCGACAUGGUCUCAGAGGGAGGACGCUGGACGGUUUUCCAGAGGAGGAUGGAUGGCUCUGUAAACUUCUACAGAAACUGGGCCGAGUACAAGAGAGGCUUUGGAAACGCUGCUGGAGAGUACUGGCUGGGUCUUGAUAACAUCCAUGAAUUGACACGGAUUCAAAACUAUGAACUGAUGGUCGACAUGGAGGACUUUGAAGGAAACAAAAAGUUUGCCCUUUACUCUUCAUUUAAAGUCGAUGCUGAGUGUGACGGUUACCUCCUGCAUGUGAGUGGUUUCAACAACAAAGGGGGUGCUGGAGACAGUCUUGCCUAUCACAACGAACAGAAAUUUAGCACCUUUGACAAAGACCAGGACCAGUCGAGCGACAACUGUGCCAAAAAGUUUUUGGGUGCUUUCUGGUACAAUACUUGUCACUCUGCAAACCCUAACGGGGUUUAUCGCCGAGGUGCUGAUGGCACUCUCCAUGCUAUUGGAGUGGAAUGGUAUUACUUUAAGGGAAAUAAUUACUCCCUGAAGAGCUUCAGCAUGAAAAUUCGUCCUGCCAAGUAAAUCUGCAGGUCAAACAUCCAGCAAAAAAUAAUGAGUUGCUUUUUAUUGUAAUCAAUGUUAUUCUUUGAUUUAAGUCAUGAAUCAAAAGUUGACAUGAUUACUUCUAGCUUUAAAAUAAUCCAGUUGAUUGUGCUUUAAAAUCUUUGGUGAGGGUUUGUUAUCUAUAAUCAAUUUCUCUCCUGCUCUCUGAUAAUAAAUAAGAAGCAAACGGC